AUGGAUGCGAUGGAAAUGGACCUCGACGUCGACAUGGGCGCCGAGCUCGUCCCUGAUCAACCAAUUGCCUUUCAGGCGCAGGAUACACCGUCACCUGGCGAGGUAGUCGAUGCCGAGACUCUAGAGCAACCUGAUACUCACACCCUGGUGCCGAACAAGUUGCAUAUAGCUGGUGGGCUGGACAACUUGAACGACAAGGAAGUAAGAGAGUAUAUCAAAGAGCAUACGGACGUCACGUUCGAGCGGCUCGAGUGGAUAGAUGACGGCCAUCUCAAUGCGGUCUAUUCCAGCCCCUCAGAAGCCCAGGAGGCCAUGGUCGCUCUUGCCGCCAUCGAGAUUGGAGAUGUCACCCAGCUGCCGGCCUUCGAGCUACUUCCAGCUAAGCCCUUCUCACAGAAGUCUGGGGUUGCCUUACAAAUACGGGUCGCUGUCGUCGCGGACAAGAAACAGCCUCGUGCGGCGGAAAAGAGCCGCUUCUAUCUGCUCAACCCCGAAUGGGAUCGCGAAAACCGUGUCAAGAGAUACCGCGAUCGGGACGGCGAAAGAGGUGGCCGCCGAAGAGGCAGGCGCGAGGACGAGCCGAUUGAUAAAUUCGAUGUCAAUCUCUACGACGACUCCGCUGCUGCUCUGGCCACAGAGGGCGACGACUCGCGACCACGCCGCCGGCGGUCCUAUACUCCCGAUCACGACAACGACGAUCGUAGGAGGUCCUACCGCAGCUCGAACCGGAACAAGGAACUCUUCCCUGGUGGUGGCUCUGGGAGAGACCGCUCUGCUUCUCCGACCCGCGAUCGAGAUGGGGAUCACGGCAUGGAUGAAACUCGGCCUACCGAUGGCUCGGCCGAGCGGAACCGUCGCGGCGCAAGAGCCAUCAAAGAUCGGCUUACGCGUAGCAACCAGGCCAAGGAGCUGUUCCCCGGCUCUGGUCCCUCCUCGGAAAGCAAUCGGUUGAAUGACGCGGAUGAAUUAUCCAACCGCUUCGCCCUCCCACUGUACGAUGGAAGCCAUGAUGAGCCGCCUGUGCCUCGCAGCAGGAGGCUUGGUGAUCGUAUCGCGGCUCCGGGAGGCAGCGGCCGACUGGCGGAUCGGUUACCAGACCCUGCCGACUCGACUGGGUUCAGCAUCCGAGGCUCAGCUGCGCAACGGAGUGCUGACCAAGGUUUCGCCAUCAAGGGUGGCGCCAAGACAGCCAGAGAAUUGUUUCCCGACAAGUUGGGAGGAGGCAAUGCAGGAAAGGAGCUGUUCGCCGACAAGGCCGAAGGGAGAUCACGCAGACGACAGAAAGCGGGCGACUUGUUUGACUAG